UUGUCUAGAUUGGAAAAAGCUUGGAUUUUUGGAUCAUGGAGAGCAAGAAAAACUUGGGAUUGGCCUUGAUCUUCCAGCUCCUUCAGCUCUUCUUGGUUUCUGGCAGCCUUCAUAGGAACCAGUUUCCAGAUUCCUUUCUUUUUGGAACUGCAACUUCUUGUUAUCAGAUUGAAGGUGCAUGGUUGGAAGGAAAUAAAAGCUUGACGAUUUGGGAUGUUUUUUCUCAUUUACCAGGUAAAAUUACAGAUGGGAGCAAUGGAGAUGUUGCCGAUGACCAUUAUCACCACUAUUUGGAAGAUGUCAAGAUGAUGCAUUCCCUUGGCAUUAAUGCAUACAGGUUCUCUAUUUCGUGGUCCCGAAUUCUUCCAAGAGGAAGGUUUGGAGGGAUUAAUACAGAGGGUGUUGAAUUUUACAACAACAUCAUAAAUGCCCUAUUGAGCAAAGGGAUUCAACCGGUUGUAACGAUAUGUCAUUUUGAUCUUCCUCAAGAGCUUCAAGAUAGAUAUGGUGCAUGGUUGAGUUCAGAAAUACAGGAGGAUUUUGGAUACUUUGCUGAAGUUUGUUUCAAAGAAUUUGGUGAUAGAGUAAAAUAUUGGAUAACAAUCAAUGAACCAAACCUCAUACUGAAGUUUGGCUAUGCCACUGGAGGCUACCCUCCCAGUCAUUGUUCGCAGCCAUUUGGAAAUUGUACUUCUGGAGAUUCCACUCGCGAGCCUUACAUUGCAGCCCAUAAUAGUAUUCUUUCCCAUGCAAUUGCUGUCGAUAUCUAUAAAUCGAAUUAUCAGAUGAAACAAGGAGGUGUUAUUGGGCUUGUGUUGAAUUCCAGGUGGUAUGAGCCACUUAGGAAUAUUUCAGAUGAUUAUAUAGCAGCUCAACGGGCUUUAGCCUUUGAUAUCGGAUGGUUUCUCGAUCCUAUAAUUCUCGGUGAUUAUCCGACUGAAAUGCGGGAAAUCUUAGGAUCAAAAUUACCAACAUUCACAAGGGAAGACCGAAUAAAACUACGUCACAAAAUAGAUUUCAUCGGAAUUAAUCACUACACAACUCACUAUGUUCAAGAUUGCAUAUUUUCUCACUGUGAGUUGGACAAAUAUAAUGGAAAUGCAUUGGUGUUCGCGAGCGGCGAAAUAAAUGGGCAGCUAAUUGGACCUCCGACACCGAUGAAAUCUUUGUACGUGGUUCCAUAUGGUAUUGAAAAGAUGAUUAUGUACUUCAAAGAAAGAUACAACAACACGCCAAUGUACAUCACUGAAAAUGGUUUAAGCCAGAAGAACAGCAAUGACACAUCGAAGGAUGAUAUAGUGAACGACACCGACAGAAUAGAUUUUAUUCAUGACUAUCUCAGUUACGUGGCGAAAGCCAUGAGGCGAGGAGCCGACGUGAGGGGUUACUUCGUAUGGUCUCUAAUGGAUAGUUUUGAAUGGUUGUAUGGUUACACGGUACGUUUUGGUCUUUUCCAUGUCGACUGGGCUACAUUGAAGAGAACUCCGAAACAAUCUGCGAAAUGGUAUCAAGAGUUCCUUGCUGGUCAAAGAAUGCUUCAGAAAGCCGAGAAAAACUCGAAAACACAAGGAUUCAUGUGAUUGUGAAUGCUUCAAGUCUUUCAUUUUGAGUGAAUGUGUUGUUUGUGUUCAUCUUCAAAUUUGUAUUUUAUGAGCCCUAUGAACUAUCGUGUUUCGUUGAAUGCAAUUGUAAAUCUAGUGAAUUUUCCAGUUAUGUGUUAUUGUAAAGUAUUGUUUGGUGGGAUAUAAUUGAAAAUACUGCAUUUGAUUUCAA